UAUUUAAAAUCUAAGAAGGUGAGGACGCUUUGUGGUUGUGUUGUAACUCCUCCUUCAACAGCCUUGUCAAUGAGUUUCUAUAAAUGUGAAGCUUCUCAUAUUCGUUUGCUGACACGGUAGAGAAGAAUCUAUAGGAUACAGAAAUAGCAAGGCAGAGCCAAGAUUUUUCUAAUUAGUUUAUAACUGCAUAGUAAGCUCAUUAGAUACAUAGAACCUAUAGCAUAAAAGCUAUUUGUGCUUUAGCCUUCUUGCAAGUACCAGCUGAUAAGUAGAUUUUUAUUAGUUUAGUAUCAGAGGCAUCUGGUGAGAGAAUGAAUGCUGAUGGCUGCAAUGGACGUUCAUAUGUGCAGGGUAAUGGAGGAGAGUCAUCAGCGGAGCAGGACUUUUAUAGCGGGUUGCAGGGCCCCUCUACAAGAUCUCCUAACAGUCAGCAGUCCUCACCACACCGCUCUCUCAGUGCAAACUCCAUCAAGGUUGAGCUGUGCAGUGAUGAUGAGUCAUCAGGUGCUGCACAGCCAGAGAACAAAGAAGCAAUGAGAGCUGAUGGAGGGAAAGAUGACAGAGGGGACCCUAUGGAAGAAGGGGAUGCAGAAUUUCCUGGGGCUGGAAGAGACAAACUAAACAUUUACAAUGAGAUGGCUGCUCCUAAUUCCGCCUCACCAGGACCUAUCCGGCUGCCCAAUGGGAAGCUGCAGUGUGAAGUUUGCGGAAUGAUCUGCAUUGGACCCAAUGUCCUGAUGGUCCAUAAGCGUAGCCACACAGGUGAGCGCCCGUUUCAGUGUAACCAGUGUGGAGCCUCCUUUACGCAGAAGGGGAACUUGUUACGCCACAUCAAGUUGCACUCAGGAGAGAAACCUUUCAAAUGUCCUAUUUGUAACUAUGCUUGCCGCCGGAGAGAUGCCCUGGCUGGACAUCUACGCACACAUGCAGUUUCUUCUCCGACGGUGGGAAAACCUUUCAAGUGCAACUACUGCAGUCGCAGCUACAAGCAACAAAACACACUGGAGGAACAUCUGGAGCGCUGCCAUAGUUAUCUUAAGACUCUGGACCCCCAGACUGAUGUCAAUUUGAAGACAGCACAGGGUGAAAAGUCGGUAAACAUGGAGACGGUUACUAAACCUAUACUGCAGCCAUCUAAUGAGAAAAUCCGGUUUGUGGAUAGACUGUCUAUUAGCAUAACCAAACGCAAGAGGUCAACACCACAGAAGUUUUUAGGUGAAAAGCACAUUCAGCUUGAGCCACCUGAAGCACCUUAUGAACUAUCCUCUGGCUCUGAGAAAGAAGGAGACCUCAUCAACUCCCAUUCUGCUGGGGGCUCAAUUGGACUUGCUGGUUCACACCUCCAUUACGCCAGGGGUAAGGACGAGAACCACGGAUCGCCCACACUGUCUCAGCUGCAUCCUGGCUUUGUGGCAGAACUUCGCACAGUUGUGGGCUCCAUUGACAGCAACAUGACUCCUCAGGGCCCCCGAGCCCAUAGUGGAGGUAGGCUGGCAACAAUGUCUCUUGGCCUGCCAGGGCGGGAGUCAGGUGAAAGCCGCAAUGACCAGCCCUCAGCAAAUAGCCACACCACCUCACCCAAUGGCUGUCCCGACUCUACGGACACAGAGAGCACAGCAGAAGAGCAGAGCACAAGGGCUACAGCCCCUACAAGUACCUCCAACAACCACCACCUCCUCUACCAAACCCCAGCACUGACCCGCAGCCAUCCCACCUCCAGCCCCAGCCAGGCCAAAGACUUAGAUGCAGAGUGGGAGAGAGGGGGCCCAGUGGCCCCUUCUGUAGUAAAAAGGAGUCCUGGCUCACCUCUUUCAUCCAGGGACAAUUUACAGGUGAUAGACAGGUCUGGCAGGCCUGUGCGCUCCUUCUACUGCAGGCACUGCCGCAUCAUAUUUCUGGACCAUGUCAUGUUCACCAUCCACAUGGGCUGUCACGGUUUUCGCCAACCGUUUGAGUGUAACAUCUGUGGCCAUCCCAGCCAAGACCGCUACGAGUUCUCAUCUCACAUCAGCCGUGGAGAGCACCAGGUGGGCUGAGGAAAGGAGAUGAAUGAGGAGAGGCAACUGUUGCUCUCUAAAAUUUUGGGCUCACGUUUGUUUUGCACCAGAUCUUUUGCUUUAAAUCCUUAGUAAAUAAAAUGAAUUACUGUGAGAUAUAUACAUUACAAAGACAGACGUGAGUAAAAAUCUUUUCAAUACACCAGUUAAAGUUUAGUGGAGGCAAAUUACAUUCUAUAAUUGAUUGCACUCCCAUAUCAAAUUCUAUGGCAAAACUAUAGAUUUUGCUUUUAAAGUGCCUUCUUUGGGGAUUUCCUCUCGAAAAAAAGGGGGAGAACUGGUGCUCAAAAGUCUUGACUAGCCAUCUUUUCCUAAGAGAUUUUUUUCAGUAGUUAUCACAUUUAGGACAUCAUGUUAGCAUGCAGUUCUGGGAAUAACAUAAAUUCUUAAGAUUGCUUAGUGUGCACUAAGAGCUUUGCUUUUGUGGCUGAAGAGGGUAUUUUGUGUAGUGUGUCAGGUAAGCUUAAUAUGCACUGAGAGCUUUGUGCCUCUGGGUGUGGGAGGAUCUUUUGUCGCAGACGAAGCGCACAGAUGGAUUGCCUUAACUCCUACAGUUGUGCACUGUUGUAGGAAUAUUGUUUACAGCAUGGUUUAACAGUGUGUGAAGUCCACUCUGAUUAAUCAGGAUGAUGCAAAAUCAUUAAGGGAAAUAUGGGUAAAAUGGAAGUUUAGGGCUCAAAUCUAAAAUAUAUUUUUGGAUUUUAAAGUCAGUCUUAGAAUACUGGUGCAGAUCAGACCAUGAGCCAUGCCGUAAGAGCCUCAUUGAUUCGGCCCAGCGUGCUAUACCUCUCUACAGGGUUGCACUUUUAGGUUCCCUGCUUAUAUAUGAACAUUUUUGCUGAAGCACUUCAUGGCUUUAUGAAAUUGAUUUCUGUGAUUGUUCUACUGCACUGAUAAAAUGGCAUAUUACUUCACAAUGACCGACCAUCUGAUCUGCAACACGGAGCCAGCCUUCUUCUACAGUGUCCCGGAGCGCUGCACUGGUUCUGCCGUCUGCACUCAAGUUUGCUGCAAUGUGUGACUGAGAAUUAAAUGUUAGUUCAACUAAAACAAUUCUUUUGUGGUUUUGCACUCAGCAGUUGCAGCUGAGAUUUUAAACGAGUUCCAUGACAUAAGUGGUUAGGAAAUUAUUUAAAAAAGAAUUAAUAAGAAAUCAGUUUGGAUCUGUUCAGUUAUCACUUGUGAUUAUCUAUUUAGUGUUGUUUGUUUCUGCCUUGGUGUAUUUAAUCAGCUAUAUUCCAAAUCUUAUCCAGCAUAUUCCUCAAGUCCAUGAAAUGUUACCUCCUGCUUCUUUCUAGCACCCGAAUACCUUAUUGCUACAGUUUGGUGAGUUAUUUGAUAAUGUUAAUAUUGGGAACAUGAAUGAGACCAAACUCAGUAUUCUUAUUUGUUAUUGUGGGUUUGCUGCUUUAUAGUUUAACUUGAUUUAUUUUAAUAGCAAGCAAAAUGUACUUGAAACUGUUUGGAAAAAAAUCUAAAAAUGCACUUGGGUUUGAUAAGUAGAGAGCUGUAUGUGUGUGAAAGAGAGCGUGUGUGUAUGAAUGGAAUAUAGCAUGUGUGCUUGUCAUUUUCUGCUUUAACCUGAAUUGUGAAUUAUUUUUGAAAUGUGAAGUAAUUUUAAGAAGUUAAAACGAGGCAUGGGUUUUAGUCUCCAUGUGUGGACUUAUUUGUUUUAAAAUAUUUUGUGAAUGAUGUAACAUGACAAAACACUUUACCUCAGAGUUUAAGAUGUACAACUGCCUCAUUCGUUUAAAAAGUCAUGUUGCUUUCCAAUAUGUUCUUGCAGUUACAAAUGCGUGCCCCUUGAUAUUUUCAAGACUUUUUACUGUCAAUAAAGUUACGUUUAUUGUUAA